AUGGCGUUUGAUGCUCAGGUGUUUUGUGGUUGUUACUAUACAAUCUUCUACUCUAUACCGCCAUCGGUCUUCCUCAGGUGUGAGAAGAGUGUCAUGUCGUUUGGGGUUCAAGCAGAAAGGGAAAACGCCCCUUGGUUAAGUAGUAUUCGAAUGCUGCAGGCGUCCGAUUUCGUCUCUGGAGUGAUAGAGAGACAUGCGCUCGUGCCAUCUACAAAAGGUGCGCUUGAGGACGACAAGUAUGAUCUUGGUCUGUUCCAUGAUCUCCUCGUCUUUGGUGCGGCGGAGAUGAAGAUGGCGGUUGGUGUAGAGGCAGAUUGA